AUGGUGUUUCCGGAGCCGCGUUCUACAGAAAAUUACGCCAUGAAGAAUCCAGCCAUAGCUUCAGAUCUCAGCCAGUUGUCGCUGUGUUUUUUCAUCAAACUUGUUCAAGACCAAGGGGAUCAGAUUUUCGUCAGCUAUGCCACUAAACAUCAGGACAAUGACAUGAUUAUCGAGAUUUAUCCAACACAAACAUAUUUUUAUGUUGGCAACGAGUUGUUCCGGUAAUGCUGGAUAUCGUGUUUUUUAACAGUCGGUCGGGGAAUUUCUUAUUCAAACCACAAUAAGUCAUGAUACAGGAAAUGCUACGAUUGGCUCCUUCCUGACGCUUGAAGAGAGAGAGAAAGUUGAACAUACAAACAAACGAAAAGCCUUGGCUUCUUUCUCUUUACUUAUCAUGAUUUAAAUAACAAACAUGUUAAUCUUUGACCAAAACAAAUCUAGACGUAUUUUCCUUACGCUUUGCAAAUGACUAUUGUGGUCGCUUAUUUAAAAUGUGAUUUAGAUCACUAUGCUCAAAAGGACACAGAAGUCUAUUAAGAGACGAGGACUCGUUUAUUACGGUUCCAGCCAUAAAAGGAUGAGAUUUCUAAACCAACCCGGCUUUCGACAUAGUAGCUCAGAUGAUACUUUGAUGUAGCAUAGAUGAAAUUAGCUCAUUAAGCAUUUCAUAAAUAGAGAAAGAUGUUUGUUGUCUUGUCACGAGCGUGGGACCAAAUAAAAAUUUCUGAUUCCUCAUGAGGAAUCGAACCUCAGACCUCCGGAUUCUGCAUUCCGAUGCUCUACCACUGAGCCACAGAGACUCUACGGUGAGCAAGGUCUCUAUUUUCCAAGUAAUUGCAUGAAUAAGAGAUUGAUUGACUGAUGCAUGAAUGAAUGAAUGAGUGAAUGAAAGCACUGAACGAAUGGAAGCUUGACUGUACGAACCAUUAAGUGAUUGACAAACGAUUGAUUAACUGAUUGACAAUUUACUGACUGUUUUACGGACUGACUGACUGACAGACUGACUAGUUGACAGAGUGACUGACUGACAGGCCACUUACAUAUUACCUUUAACUGACCGAUCCCUUACCGACAGACUGAAUGACUCUACUGACUGACUUAGUGUCAAUGAAAAUGGAGAGCCUUGAAUAUUCAAAUAUAUUUUAUAUUGUUUGCUUUUUGUUUUGUUCUUUUUUUUUCAGGUUUACCUCGACAAAUCUCUACGAUGAUACCUGGCAACACGUGUGUCUCACCUGGGGAAACACUCAGGGAGUAACGAAACUCUAUAAAGAUGGCCAAUUUACCGGACAGGAAACGAAUCUUGCGACUAAGAAUUAUGCACUUAAGGCUGGCGGCUCCCUGGUGCUUGGACAAGAGCAAGACUCUGUCGGCGGAGGCUUCGAUCGUGACCAAACUCUACAUGGCCGAUUGGCAAGUGUCAACAUGUGGGAUAAAGUUCUAUCCGAAAGCGACAUUGCCGCUCAGUACACAAAUUGCAGCGUACCUCAUGGUUCUGUUAUUAACUGGUCUGCAUUCAAAAAUCUUACUCAUGGCAGUGUCACAGUUGAAGAGCCAUGA